AUGGGACCUCCUCUUCCAGUAUAUAAAGCUGGAAGGGAGAAGCAAGUGGUACACCAAGCAGAGGAACUAACAACACUGUUUGGAAGGAAACAACACAAGCUUGGAACCAUGAGAAGCAUCCACUGCUUGGCCGGCAUCCUUUUGGUCCUGGGCUUCGUGCAAGUCAGCUGGCAGGUUCCUCUACUUGGCACUGAGGACAGCUCAAGUUUUGAGGAAGACAACAGAUUAGCCAGCAGGCCCCAGGAGCUGUCAAACAUCAAGAGACACUCAGAGGGAACGUUUUCCAAUGACUACAGCAAAUACCUGGAGGACAGGAAGGCCCAAGACUUUGUCCGGUGGUUGAUGAGUAACAAGAGGAGCGGUGCCGAUAAGCGCCAUGCAGACGGAACCUUCACCAGCGACGUCAGCUCCUACCUCAAGGACCAAGCAAUCAAAGACUUCGUUGCCCAGCUCAAAUCUGGACAGAUCCAAAGAGAAUCGGAAAUGGACAGCCUGGCUCAAACGAUCAGCAGGAGGCAUGUAGAUGGAAGCUUCACCAGCGAUGUGAAUAAGGUGCUGGACUCCAUGGCCGCCAAGGAAUACUUACUCUGGGUCAUGACCUCUAAACCUUCAGGGGAAAGCAACAAACGGCAAGACAACCAAUGAGAGUCUUUUCAAAUGCCACCUAAAGCCAUAUUGCAGAGGAACAGGAAGCCAUACCGCUUUGCAAGUUAUGUUAAUAUUUUUUACUUUACUUUGAAUGUAUUGCAAAGAUACAAAUAAAUGUUAUUCUUCCACAGACAAAAGGUGUGCAAGGGAAGAAAUUAAAUUCAGGGCAUGAAAUUUUUGACAAAAUGACAAUUAUUUGUUAUAUUUCUAUGCUGCAAACAAGAACACCAAAGGUUCUGUCUCAGGUAGUCCUAUGAAAAGCACAUGAUUGUCAUAGCAAAUGAAUAUUUUACUCUGCCAAAUAAACCUUGUCAUUUAUUUC